CCUUCCGUCACCCCUCUCUCUCUCUCUCUCUCUCUCUCUCACCGUCUCUAUCUCAUAGAGGAAGUUUGUCAUCAAUGGAGGAAGCUAAGGUACAGGGCAUAUUGGACCCGGAAACGGAGUUCUUAGCUUCGAAGCGUCAAACCGGGAACGAGUGGGAGCUAUUCAAGGAGAACGUGAGGCCACUCAAAAGAGGCCGCAAAGUGGAUGCCCUGAACGAAGGCCUAAAAUCACAGUCCGACAACCAUCUUCGAAAAUCCCUCAACGAGAAGCGAAGGCAGUUGAUCAAGGCAAUUGACGAUUACGAAGGGGAUGAUCCAUUGCAGCCAUGGCUAGAGUGUAUUAAGUGGGUCCAAGAGGCGUUCCCACCGGGCGGGGACUGCUCGGGUCUGGUUGUCAUAUAUGAGCAAUGUGUACGCACCUUUUGGCAUUCUGACCAGUACAAAGAUGACCUUCGUUACCUCAAAGUGUGGCUCGAAUAUGCUGAGCAUUGUAUGGAUGCAGAAGUCAUAUACGAUUUUCUAGAUGCCAACGAGAUCGGGAAAUCACAUGCCAUUUACUACAUAUCUUAUGCUUUGCACGUGGAAUCAAAGCACAAGGUCAAAGCUGCAAAUGAAAUUCUGAAUCGUGGGAUAUCUAGGAAUGCUCAACCAAUCAAGAAGUUGGAGGAUGUUUAUAGAAAGUUUCUUGCACGUUCAAUGAGGGCACCGUUAGUCCAAGAUGAGGAAAAGGUCGAGAGUCACUUACCAGAACGGAGCUUUGGAACAAUUCUUGCAAAAGGAGAAAACGCAAGGCGGAUGGCGGAGAGCUCUAAUAUGGCCAAGAGGAAACAGAAUGCAGAUAGGGCUCCAUUUGCUAUUUACAAGGACGCAAACGCUGAUAUCAGCUUAGCCCAUCAGCCCGAUAUACUGAAGAAGGGACUGAAUACUUGGCAGAAUCUUGGUAGUCGGGCCGAAAGAAACAAGGAAAAUAAUGCACUGCCUUCAAGAUGGACAUCACUUAAGAUUCCACAGAGGCCUGGGCAGCUAAUUGGAACUACAACCACUGCCCCCAUCAUCGAGGUCUUUGUUGAUGAAGAAUGUGCAGAGACUGGUAAAGUUCGAGAAAAAUCUUCGAAUGUGCAGCUCAGGCAGGUGGAUGGCAAGGAGCUCAAGAAGGAGACGGAACUACUGAGAGAAAAUCCGCUACGCAACUUCCCUGCAAGCAGGCCUCCAAGGUGAUUCGAUAACUUCAGCUACUCGCGAGGCACUCAGGGGUCAGCUUUUACCUCUAAAGCCUGAUCCAGACUUUAUUGAUGGCCUAUGUGAUAAUACUUUGAACAUUUGGAUUUGGUGUGGUUCCUCUUCAUUCUUCAUUUAGUAGCGUGAAUGUCUUGGAGCAAAAAACAGUUGUAUGCCACUGUAUCACUGAUAAUGGAAUUGGAUGUUCUGUUGUUCUGUU